AUGAAGACCUCUCUGUCUCAGACUCUGUGUCCAGAGUGUGAUGAAGUCCUCUCUGUCUCAGACUCUGUGCGGCUGGUUGGAGGCUCUGGUCUCUGCUCUGGAUCACUGCAGAUCUGGGACCAGUCCUGGAUCUCGGUCUGUGAAGGGGCCUUGGACCUGCGGGGAGCAGAGGUGCUGUGCAGGGAGCUGGGCUGCAGGGGUCCUUCUGUCCUCCAGGGGGAGCUCUCUCCUCUGGGGCAGACGUUCCACUGUGAAGGCCAUGAGUCUGCUCUGGUGGACUGUCCCCGCUCCAGACCCAAGACCUGUCCCUCUGGACCCAGUGAGGACGUCAUCUGCUCAGAGCCACUCAGGCUGGUGGGAGGGGCCAGUCGCUGCGCCGGGACAGUGGAGGUCAGACACAGAGGAGAGUGGGGACGAGUGGAGAAGGAUGGAGUCUGGACCGAGGAGGAGUUAGCUGCUGUGUGCAGAGACCUGGACUGUGGGUCUGCUGUUUCUGGACGUCACAGAGAUGGUUUUCCAGACAGUCCUGCGUGGUGGAUCUCAGCUGUCUGCAUGAAGAGGAGGAAGACUAAAGUGAGAGAAUGUGUUUAUGACUACACUUUCUCCUCCUCGUAUGGUGUGGAGGUGAUGUGUUCAGACUUACUGAACCGUCCAGUCCUGUCCCUCUCUGUGACUGUGGGGGCCUCCCAGGUCCAGGACUCCCAGGUCCAGGACUCCCAGGUCCAGGACUCCCAGGUCCAGGACUCCCAGGUCCAGGACUCCCAGUGCUCGGUGAAGCCUCAGUUCCCAGGAGGCUCCUUCCAGCUGCUCUCUCCCUCUGGGAACCACACCCUGCCUGCUGUCAAUCACUCUGCACACUUCCUGUUCAAUCACACUGGCCCCGCCCACAAAGGAAACUACACCUGUGUUUACCACCUACAGGUGUUCAACCACAGCUUCACCUCCAAGAGCGAGAGACUGGAGCUGAGGCUGGGAGCCCGGAUCAACCCGGGGGAGAGGGCCCAGAGGGAGCGGAGCGACCCAGGGGAGAGGGCCCAGAGGGAGGGGAGCGACCCAGGGGAGAGGGCCCAGAGGGAGCGGAGCGACCCAGGAGAGAGGGCCCAGAGGGAGGGGAACGACCCAGGGGAGAGAGCCCAGAGGGAGGGGAGCGACCCGGGGGAGAGGGCCCAGAGGGAGGGGAGCGACCAGGUGGAUACCUGGUGGAUACCAGGUGGAUACCAGAAGAGGAGAGAGGAGGAGACGGACCAGGAGAGGAGAGAGGAGGAGAUGGACCAGGAGGAGAGGAGAGAGGAGGAGACGGACCAGGAGAGGAGAGAGGAGGAGACGGACCAGGAGAGGAGGAGAGAGGAGGAGACGGACCAGGAGAGGAGAGAGGAGGAGACGGACCAGGAGGAGAGGAGGAGAGAGGAGGAGACGGACCAGAAGAGGAGAGAGGAGGAGACGGACCAGGAGAGGAGAGAGGAGGAGACGGACCAGAAGAGGAGAGAGGAGGAGACGGACCAGAAGAGGAGAGAGGAGGAGACGGACCAGGAGAGGAGAGAGGAGGAGACGGACCAGGAGAGGAGAGAGGAGGAGACGGACCAGGAGAGGAGAGAGGAGGAGACGGACCAGGAGAGGAGAGAGGAGGAGACGGACCAGGAGAGGAGAGAGGAGGAGACGGACCAGAAGAGGAGAGAGGAGGAGACGGACCAGAAGAGGAGAGAGGAGGAGACGGACCAGAAGAGGAGAGAGGAGGAGACGGACCAGGAGAGGAGAGAGGAGGAGACGGACCAGAAGAGGAGAGAGGAGGAGACGGACCAGACGAGGAGAGAGGAGGGCCACAUACUCGGACUGAUCUACACAGGCCCUUGCGCAGUCGAGGCUUUAUGA